GUAUGCAAAGCUGUGCAGUAAGCAGUGUAAUAGGAAACCUAGACCUCCCCCAAUUGAAUUGUAUUCACUCUCGCUAUUCGUUCUGGAAGGGAAAGGCUGAGAGCUGAUGGGAGCUGUUUUCCUCUUUUUAAAGGCAAUCUAUCUAAGGAACUUUUGUGAAAGACAGUUAUCGUUUCAGAAUUUGACAUGAAAUCAAACACAACCUGUUAAUUUGGAAGCUGGGUACACGGACGAUUGGGGUAUUUUCAGUUUGAUCUAACUGUCAAGGAUCUGGGAGCUGGGUGUUACUUACUAAACCAGAUGACAUGGCAAAAUCUGCAGUGCUUCAAGUGAUUAUUGGAAUGCUUUUUCAGUCCAGCUGUGUCUUAGGGUCUUCUCAGCCAAUUCCAAGAGUCUAUUUAGCAUAUGAAGAGCUACAAGCUACACAAACGUCCCAGCACCAUAGCGUGUCUCAGUAUCCCAUGGACUAUAGGAUUCUGCAAAUGGACGAAGACCAGGACCGUAUUUAUGUGGGCAGCAAAGACCACAUCCUGUCAUUGAAUAUUAAUAACAUUACCGAAGAGCCUCUAACUGUAUUUUGGCCAGCAUCGAGUAGCAAAAUCGAAGAAUGCAAAAUGGCUGGCAAAGAUCCUACGUACGGCUGUGGCAACUUUGUACGUGUUAUCCAACCAUACAAUCGCACUCACCUGUAUAUCUGUGGCAGUGGAGCAUUCAGUCCUGUGUGCACUUACAUCAACAGAGGUCGCCGCUCAGAAGAAAAAGUUUUUUUUAUUGACUCUAAGACUGAAUCCGGAAAGGGACGCUGUUCUUUCAACCCUAAAGUUAAUACAGUUUCAGUCAUGAUCAAUGAAGAACUGUUUUCAGGAAUUUUCAUAGACUUCAUGGGUACUGAUGCUGCCAUUUUUAGAAGCCUUACCAAGAGAAAUGCAGUGAGGACAGACCAACAUAACUCAAAGUGGCUAAGCGAGCCUGUUUUUAUUGAUGCACAGCUUAUCCCAGAUGGAUCAGACCCCAACGAUGCAAAACUCUACUUCUUCUUCAGAGAGAGGCUGACAGACAACAAUGGAAAUACCAAGCACAUCCAUGCCAUGGUUGCUAGAAUAUGUCCAAAUGAUAUUGGUGGUCAGCGUAGCCUAGUGAACAAAUGGACAACUUUUUUAAAGGCAAGGCUGGUGUGUUCAGUCAUGGAUGAUGAUGGUACAGAGACAUACUUUGAUGAGCUAGAGGAUAUAUUUUUAAUGGAAACAGAAAAACCUAAAAACCUCUUGGUUUAUGGAAUUUUCACAUCCUCAAGUUCAGUGUUCAAGGGCUCAGCUGUGUGUGUUUACAAUAUGGCUGACAUUCUGACUGUGUUUAAUGGACCGUUUGCCCACAAAGAUGGCCCUAACCACCAGUGGAUUCCAUUUCAAGAAAGAAUCCCUUACCCAAGACCUGGUACAUGUCCUGGAGGAGCUUUCACACCAAACAUAUUGACAACGAAGGACUUCCCAGAUGAUGUAGUUACCUUUAUUAGGAAUCACCCCAUGAUGUACAAUCCAAUCUAUCCCAUGUACAAAAGACCAAUUGUUUUGAGGACUCACGCAGAUUACAAAUAUACAAAGAUAGCUGUGGACCAAGUAAAUGCUGCAGAUGGAAGAUACCAUAUAUUGUUUCUUGGGACAGAUCAAGGAACUGUCCAAAAAGUAAUUGUCCUGCCGAGUAACAGAUCAAAAGAUGAGGCGCUUAUCUUGGAGGAGCUGGAAGUGUUUAAGAAUCAUGCUCCAAUAACCUCAAUGAAGAUUUCUUCCAAAAAGCAACAGCUUUAUGUAAGCUCAGAAGAAGGUAUUACUCAGGUAUCUUUGCACCGAUGUCAUAUAUACGGUUCAGCUUGUGCUGACUGCUGCUUGGCCAGAGACCCUUACUGUGCAUGGGACGGCAGAUCCUGCUCCAGAUUUUACCCCACUGGAAAAAGGAGAAGCCGAAGACAGGAUAUAAGACAUGGCAACCCCUUGACUCAAUGUAGGGGAUUUAAUCUCAAAGCAUACAGAAAUGCAGCAGAGACGGAGCAGUAUGGAGUGAGGAACAAUACUGCUUUUCUGGAGUGCUCACCAAAGUCUCCACAAGCAAUGGUUAAGUGGCUGAUACAGAGAAAAAAUGACAGGAGAAAAGAGGUGAAGUUAAAUGAGAGAAUCCUAUCAACAGAACAUGGGCUCCUUUUUAGAUCAGUCCAGGAUACAGACCAAGGCCUUUACUAUUGCCUGGCUACUGAGAAUAGUUUCAAACAAACUGUAGCCAAAAUAAACUUCAAGGUAUUAAGCAGUGAGCUGGUGUCCUCCUUGACUGACAAAAGGUCUCCGUGGUCCUGGGCCAGUUCUGUGACUGGCUUGCAACUCAACCCCAAGGACUUUAUGGGAAUGUUCAGCCAUACCGAAAUGCAGGCAAUCAACCACUACUGCAAGGUGAACAGUCAACGGGGCCAGCCCAGCAAUCAGAAGCUGGGGAAUGACCUCACGAAACUCAAGCCUCUCAUUGAUAUCAGGAAAAGUAGAAACAGAAGAAAUCAGUAGUCUGGGAACUUUGGGUGCCAUAGUUGUGUGCCUUGGGCAUAAGGAGACCAAUUUUGAAAAAAAGAAAUCUAGAAGUAAGCAUUUAUAACUAAAGUAGUCUUAUGUGGCAUACAGUGUCCAGAUUACAGUAAAUUAAGACCCAAAAAUGUACACAUGUCAAUUGAAAGAGUCAGUGUUUUUUUAGUUUUUUUUCUCCCAUAACUGCAUCCAAUGCAUUUACUACAGACAUCUGUCCAGUGUAACUGGUAGAUGGCAGGAAAUGGGUUUCUUUUAGGUUAAUAUUUUUAUACUAGAAUUCAACCGGAAGAGUUGGAAUGAACAGGGCCCUUACCUGCCCCAACAAAAUCUAGUUUUAAAAAUACAUGUACAUGGGGGAUAGAUUAUGUAAAAGAAACAGACAGGUUUAUUUAACCAAAAGUGAGGCUGCAGCACGUAGAUUUCAAAUUAAAAAACUGUUAGUGAAAUAAGAGGUAGCUAGAAUGAUUCCUCUUUGUGUGUCAGAAGUGACGGUUGUAUUUCAGUUACAAGUAUGUAUUACAGUAUGUAUGUAUAACUGUCUUGUAAAAUAAAAUAAACUAGAAACUUUCAGAAGCAAAUGAACAACAUUUAUAGUGCUGCAUUUGAAUUGUUUACAUAUGUGCUGUAAUAUGUUUUUACAGCAUUUUAAGUAGGCAUUAUGCUGUCCUGUUUAAACAUAGUGGCAUUCAUUUGAGAAUAUAUUUGUUUUAUCCUUUUUUUUUUAUUAUUUUGAUUUUCAGCUUUUAAGUGUGAGAAUUGAACAUGACAUUACUACUUUGAAACAAGCAUAGAUGUAACUACAGGAGAUCAACAUCAGUAUAUACCCAUAUGUACUGUACAUACAAUAUCUGCCUCCAUGGUUUAUAAAAACUUCUAGCCAAGAACAAAUGACCAUUAUAUAUAUAUAUAGUUUUUUUUUUUUUUUAAAUACCCAUAUGGCAUAUGCUCUCCAUGUGUGCAGGAUAACCUGAUAAUCCAUUCUACUUAUAAGAUACACAAUGACAAGCAUUUGUUUGAGGUGACACCUCUACUUCAAUGAUCUAAACAAAGCUCUGGCUUUCCUCUCUAUCAGUAUUUUAUUGUAUUCAAUGAUUUUAAUACCCCAGCAGGAUUAAAACAGUUUUAAAGAUGAUUGGUAAUUAGGUCUACUGCAUGAAGAUCAUUCAAAUAGAUGUCACUUUUCUGGUAUACACACAGAAAUUAUUGUACUGACAGAUAAACAAUCAUUUAUACAGGUGUAAAUUACAAUAUAUCACUGUUUUGUAAAUGCAUGUAAAUUCAGUUUGGCCUUAUAAUGUACCUGAUCAUGUGAAUGUAUUGAGAAAACUGCCUAAAAUAAGUGUAUUGAUUUAAUUUGCUCCAGUGGCUAUUUUUUAAUAAUUCUGUUUUAGUGCAAGCAGUUGUAUUAGUGUACUGUACGUGUUGUUUGUAGGUUAUUUAAAGUAUUCCUGUUUUAAAGGUAAUGACGAUACUGUAUAUAAUUUCAGUACAUGUUAUUAUACGUUGCUAGACUUAACUGCCAAAAGGCAGCAAAAUACCAUUUUGAAAUUUGUCAAGAAAUUGCCUGUUUUAUUUUUCAUUAUUGUGUAGGUUGUAUGGUUUGUUUCCCAUGAUUAGUAGUUUAUCAAAUACAUGUGCUUGCAAUUGAAGACCUGUUAAAAUGUACUUAAACAAAUCAAAUUGUACUUUGGAUUUUUUUUUUUAAUCUGAUGAAACUGCCUUCACAGUGAAUCUUCAUACUUGUUGUAGUCUUUUGCAAUUAAACGCAUCCUAGCAUGUU